AUGGCUGGCGCCAACGCCGACUCCAACGCCCUGUUGGCCUUUUUCACGCAGAUGGACGAUCAGGGCGGUGUCAUUGUGCGAGAUAUCCCCAAGCUCGACCUUGAUCUGUACAUACAGAACUAUGAAGGCCGUACCCGCUUCGAACGUCUCUUUCUCAUCGGCCGGAGCUGCGUGCCGCUCUGUGUUGACGCCCUGAAGGCUGCCAUCGCCGAGGCCAAGGAGGGCGUAGACGUCCAGCGUUACCGCGAUGCUUUUGAGUGCAUCCACAUCGCCGCCCCCAACGAGCCAGAGGCCUCGUUCGAUCAGGAAUGGGUCGAAACCACGGAGAGGGCCAACAAGGCCAAGACUCACCAACUGGAGAGCGAGCUGAAGGGGUAUAAGAUGAACCUCAUUAAGGAGAGCAUUCGGAUGGGAAACGAAGACCUCGGCCGCCACUUUGAGCAGAUUGGUGAUCUCAACAAUGCCGGCGAGGCCUACAGCCGCAUGCGGCCGGAUGUCAGCACGUCGAAGCACAUCAUCGACGUCGGCAAGCACCUCGUCAGCGUGACGCUGCAGCGCCGGGAGUGGCCCAUGGUCAUUGCCAACCUCAGCAAGAUCACGGGCAUCCACAACGCCGAGGAAGAGAAGAGCCUGCAGCCGUACGUCAAGAUUGUCUCGGGCAUCGCCCUCCUGGGCCUCGAGAAGUUCGAGGACGCGGCCAAGAGCUUCCUGCAGACCGACGCCGGCAAGGAGGGCGCGGAGUACAAGACCAUCGCGAGCCCCAACGACGUGGCGGUGUAUGGCGGUCUCCUGUCUCUCGCGACAAUGGACCGUAAGGACCUGCAGGCCCGCGUCCUGGACAACCAGAGUUUCCGGACGUUCCUGGAGCUGGAGCCUCACAUCCGCAAGGCAAUCUCGCUAUUUGUCAAUGGCCGGUACUCGGCGUGCCUCGCAAUCCUGGAGGCCUACCGCGCCGACUACCUCCUGGACAUUUACCUCCAGAAGCACGUGCCCACGCUCUACUCCCAGAUCCGGAGCAAGUGCAUCGUGCAAUACUUUAUCCCCUUCUCCUGCGUUACCCUGGGCAGCCUGGAGGCGGCUUUUGCGGUGCCCGGCAAGCCGCUCGUCGACGAGCUCCUCGGCAUGAUUCGGAGCGGCGUUUUGCAAGCCCGCAUCAACACAAUCGACAAGACGUUGGUCGCCGUGUCUCCGAACCCCCGAGCGACUUUGCAAAGAUUGGUCCUGGACACGAUUGAUGCCUACGAGCGGGACGCCACGGAGAGGAUCCGACGCAUGAGCAUCGUCGCGGCGGAUAUGGAGGUGAAGAACUCGCGCAAGGGAAACGUGCAGGCCGGCGCCCAGGGCAUCGACGAGCUCUGGCUCGAGCAGGCCAACCGGGCGACCGUAGCCGGCGGCAGCAGCGAGGCGAGCUGA